AUGAUUUGGUUGGAUAUCGUAGCAACUUCUCAUGCUCCAGAGAUGUCAACGCAGUGGGCUAAACGAGCAGUCGAAAUAAAAGGAGGGAGAAAGAUUGUCGAAAGUCAUCGACGCAACAUUAUCAAUGACCUGAUGCAUUCAAUGUAUGCUACCGUUUACGGGAUUAUUAGGCAACGUGUAUGCCUAAAGAGGCUGAAAGUCGAUAAAAUGACGGAUUGUCUCAAAGUACUCCAAGCUCUUUCAAAAUUAUCGAAAGAAGAUACCAGUUUAAAAGACCUAAUAGUGUCAACAUUUCCAGCUUCAAGCGCCUCUGAUCUAGAAAGGGCCUCAGUUUUGGUGGAAGAACAUGACGAUGAAGAUAAUGAUGAGAGUAGUAAGGAGAGUGUGCGACCAAUGUCCCACAAUCUAACUCCAGCNGAGCAAAAAGGAGAAGAAGAGAAACAGAGAACGUGA